CUCCUCUCCCCCACCCCUCUCUCUCUCCUCCGCUCUCUUCCAAUCUCUCUCCCUCUCCGCGUCUCCAAUCUCUGGGAGAGAGAGGAAGCGCACCCCGGGCCGAUCGCCAGCCAUGGCCCGCGGAGAGAACCAGGAGUCGCAGAGCGGCAACGUCCCCGCGGCUUCGGCGUCGGCGGCGGGGCCGAAGCCGGCGGCGGCGGGGGCCGGGAAGGCCGCGGAGGGCCAGUCGGUGGUGCGGCGGCUGCAGUCGGAGCUGAUGGCGCUGAUGAUGGGCGGCGACCCGGGUGUGUCGGCGUUCCCGGAGGGGGACAACAUCUUCCACUGGGUGGGCACCAUCGCCGGGUCGGCGGGCACCGCCUACGAGGGCACCUCCUACCGCCUCGCGCUCGCCUUCACCGCCGAGUACCCCUACAAGCCGCCCAAGGUGCGGUUCGACACGCCGUGCUUCCACCCCAACGUCGACGCGCACGGCAACAUCUGCCUCGACAUCCUCCAGGACAAGUGGUCCUCGGCCUACGACGUCCGCACCAUCCUGCUCUCCAUCCAGAGCCUCCUCGGAGAGCCGAACAACGACUCGCCGCUCAACACGCAGGCGGCGGCGCUCUGGGCGAACCAGGAAGAGUUCAGAAAGAUGGUGGAGAAGCUCUACAAGGCCGCCGCGUAGAGGAAGGAGGCCCGAGAAAGACGUCCGGCGCCGAUGCCGCGGCUUCGCGGGCGGGUGGGGUUGCAUGGAGAAGCUCUGCAAGCAGUGAUCUCGCUUCGAUGAUAAGGGGUUAGGUGCAUUCUUUGGUGGGGUUCGGUUUCCUGGCGAGUGGCGAGUCUGUAAUUGUUUUCUGAGUUAUGGAUGUUCAGUGGGCAGUGAUUCGUUUCACUUUCACAGUAGUUGUUUUAUCGCCUCUUGUUGUUUCAAUCUGAGAUGGGAAUGACAUCUUGAUUUGAUGGCGACCAAUUCCAUCUCAAAAAUACUCAGAACCUGCAUCAACAUGAUCUCAAGAAUGCUCAGAUUGCAAA